CGGGUCUCUGUCGCCAUGUUUACUUUGGGUGACGCCAACUCUCUUCCAUUUUCCUCCGCCUCUGGUUGUCAAGAAGAUGGCAGCUUCCAGGCAGGCAUGAGAGGAAAUACUUCUUCACAAAUCGAAUGAAUUUGGAUUAUUACCGCAAGAUCAGACCACAUACCCGUGUUUUUGCAAUUACUGCAUCGAAAUAAAAAUCAUGUCUGCCCCUGGGUCCGCGGUGUCUGGGACCACGGCGUCGGUUCUGCAGCCGCGGUGGAAACGGGUCCUCGGAUGGUCCGGUCCCGUUCCCCGGCCCAGACAUGGUCACAGAGCUGUGGCUAUAAAGGAGCUUAUGGUUGUCUUUGGCGGUGGAAACGAAGGGAUUGUGGAUGAAUUACAUGUAUACAACACUGCAACAAACCAGUGGUUUAUCCCAGCAGUCCGUGGUGAUAUUCCCCCUGGUUGUGCUGCAUAUGGGUUUGUCUGUGAUGGCACAAGACUGCUGGUGUUUGGUGGAAUGGUGGAGUAUGGAAAGUACAGCAAUGAUCUCUAUGAACUACAGGCCAGCAGAUGGGAAUGGAAAAAGUUGAAAGCAAAAAACCCGAAGAAUGGCCCCCCUCCUUGUCCUCGACUCGGUCACAGUUUUUCCCUGGUUGGCAACAAAUGCUAUCUGUUUGGUGGACUAGCCAAUGACAGUGAGGACCCAAAAAACAACAUUCCCAGAUACCUGAAUGAUCUGUACACACUUGAGCUUCGUGCGGGUUCCAGUGUGGUUGGAUGGGAUAUUCCAAUCACAUAUGGAGUUCUGCCUCCUCCCCGUGAGAGCCACACUGCUGUGGUAUACACAGAAAAGACGAGCAGGAAAUCUCGCCUGAUAAUCUAUGGAGGGAUGAGCGGUUGUCGCCUUGGAGAUCUGUGGACUCUCGAUAUUGAUACCCUGACAUGGAACAAACCAUCAGUAAGUGGGACUGCACCGCUCCCCAGAAGUCUUCACUCUGCCACCACCAUCACAAACAAGAUGUAUGUUUUUGGAGGGUGGGUUCCACUGGUGAUGGACGAUGUCAAAGUGGCCACACAUGAGAAGGAGUGGAAGUGCACAAACACUCUUGCCUGCCUAAAUCUAGACUCCAUGUGCUGGGAGACAGUGUUGAUGGAUACUCUCGAAGACAACAUCCCUAGGGCCCGUGCUGGCCACUGCGCUGUGGCCAUCAACUCCAGACUCUACGUUUGGAGCGGCCGUGAUGGUUAUCGUAAAGCUUGGAACAACCAAGUCUGUUGUAAAGACCUCUGGUACCUGGAAACAGAGCGACCACACGCCCCUGCUAGGGUGCAGUUAGUCCGUGCCAACACAAACUCUCUUGAGGUGAGCUGGGGCGCCGUCUCAACUGCUGACACCUACUUACUGCAGCUGCAGAAAUAUGACAUCCCUGCAACUCCAGCUGCAGCCUCGCCAGCCAUGAGUGCCACCCCCGUGCAGCCUCUGAACUCUCCAAAGAGCCCCGCGCCGGCUGCUGCAGCACCCUCUGCUCAAAGCCUACCCCAGACAGCUGUUUUGAAGGUUGCCGCUCAACAGUCUGCCACAGGCACAUCUGUUGUCACAGUCCGCCCCAGCCAGCCUGGGAAAUCCCCCGUCACUGUGACAUCUCUUCCGCCAGGUGUUCGAAUGGUAGUUCCUGCCCAAACCACCCAAGGAUCGCCAAUUGGAAGUAGCCCUCAGAUGAGUGGCAUGGCAGCUUUAGCAGCAGCAGCUGCAGCAACACAGAAGAUACCACCUUCCUCUGCUGGCACUGUCCUCAAUGUUCCCGCAGGUGCCACAAUUCUCAAAACAGUAGCCGUUUCCCCUGGCACAACCACAGUGAAAAUGGCCUCUCCAGUCAUGGUCAGUAACCCAGCCACCCGGAUGCUGAAAACUGCUGCAGCCCAGGUGGGCACAGCAACUGCGUCCUCUCCCACCACCACCAGACCCAUCAUCACUGUGCACAAGUCCGGUGCAGUCACAGUGGCACAGCAGGCCCAGGUGGUAACCACUGUGGUUGGAGGAGUCACCAAGACCAUCACCUUGGUCAAGAGUCCCCUCACAAUGGGCAGCAGUGGCACUCUGAUCUCCAACCUUGGCAAGAUGAUGUCUGUGGUACAAACCAAGCCAGUGCAGACAUCAGCUGUCACAGGCCAGGCUUCCACUAACCCUCUCACACAGAUCAUACAGACAAAGGGUCCCCUCCCAGCCGGCACCAUCCUGAAGCUGGUGACCUCUGCAGAUGGCAAGCCCACAACCAUCAUCACCACUUCCCAGGCAGGAGGCACAGGAAACAAGCCCACAAUCCUCAACAUCAGCGGUGUCUCUCCUACCACCACUAAGCAAGGCACCACCAUCAUAAAGACCAUCCCCAUGUCGGCCAUCAUGACACAGCCUGGAGCCACAGGUGUAACAAGCAGUGCAGGCAUGAAAACGCCCAUCACAAUCCUUACCACAAAGGUGAUGACCACUGGAACGCCUGGUAAAAUCAUCACUGCAGUGCCCAAACUUGCCACUGCCGCUGGCCAACAGGGACUGACGCAGGUGGUUUUGAAGGGUGCUCCAGGGCAGCCUGGCACUAUUUUGCGCACUGUGCCCAUGAGCACAGUCGGUGGUGUUCGACUUGUUACACCAGUGACGGUGUCUGCUGUUAAACCCACUGUCACCACUCUGGUUGUCAAGGGGACUACUGGUGUCACCACUCUUGGGACAGUCACUGGCACAGUCUCCUCAAGCCUGGCAGGAGGCACGGUGGACAGUUCCAAUGCCUCUCUGGUCACCCCCAUCACCACACUGGGAACCAUUGCUACCCUGUCCAGCCAGGUCAUCAGCCCAGCUGCCAUAACUGUGUCAGCUGCUCAGACCAGCCUGACCUCUGCCUCCGCAUUGCCCUCCUCUACCAUGACAGUGCAGAACCAGCCCACCCAGGUGACUCUGAUCACAACUCCCAGUGGUGUAGAAGCUCAACCAGUGCAGGAUCUCCCAGUGUCCAUCCUGGCUUCACCAACCUCCGAGCAGCCCAGCUCCACUGAGGCUGGAGCAGCUGGAGAAGGCUCUGGGACCGUCACCCUCGUCUGCUCUAACCCGCCCUGCGAGACCCAUGAGACCGGAACCACCAACACAGCAACCACCUCUUCUGCCACCAUGGGAGCAGAAAAGGUUUGCUCUAACCCGCCCUGCGAGACCCACGAGACCGGAACCACCAACACAGCCACCACCUCCUCUGCUACAAUUAAAGCAGGACAAGUGUGCUCUAACCCGCCAUGUGAGACCCAUGAAACAGGCACCACCAACACAGCCACAACUGCAUCAUCAAACAUGUCUACGCCGCGUGUGUGCUCCAAUCCACCAUGCGAGACCCAUGAAACUGGGACAACUAACACAGCAACCACAGCAUCGGCUAAUAUGGGAGGAGUCCAGCAGAUUUGCUCCAACCCACCCUGUGAGACUCACGUGACCGGCACCACCAACACAUCCACCCAGGCAUCAUCUAACAUGAAUGCAGGCCAAACGAACACCGUGCAGAGGGUUUGCUCCAACCCGCCCUGCGAAACACACGAGACAGGGACCACCAACACCCCGUCCACAGCCACCUCCAGCAUGGGAGGUGACCAGACCAGCACAGCUACAGGCCAGGUCCAGAGGGUUUGCUCCAACCCGCCCUGUGAAACACAUGAAACCGGGACCACCAACACAGCCACCACUGCCACCUGCAGCAUGGAGACAGGCGAAGGCACAGCAGCCCAGCAGACAGAGGAGGCAACAGAAGGUACCAGCAGCACAGAAGCGGCCUCCACCACUGCCGCAACUGGCAUGGUUACCACCACCCAGGGCAGGGCCAUCACAACUGUCACUCAGUCUACACCAGCUCCUGGACCCUCUGUACCUUCGAUCUCAUCAAUCACAGAGAGCGUGAGUACUGCUGCCAGCUCCACAGAGGAACCGAUGCAAACUGAUGAGACGGCAUCAGCAGAAGCUGCACCUGCAGUGGAGGGAGCCACCGCGAUGGAGACGCAAGCAGAGGGAGAAGCAGCCACAGCUACAGCCUUGAAUCUGCCCUCAGAGCUGAUGUCUGAGGGUCAGGGUGCCACACUCAUGGUGACAGGGCUGUCGGACGAGGAGCUGGCUGUUACUGCAGCGGCAGAGGCUGCUGCUCAGGCAGCAGCUACUGAAGAAGCCCAGGCUCUCGCUAUCCAGGCUGUGCUCCAGGCAGCCCAGCAAGCCGUAAUGAAUGAAGGUGAUUCCACUGGAGAGAGCCAGCAACCCACCAACAUCCCCAUCAUGUUGACCCAGCAGGAGCUCGCAGCACUGGUCCAACAGCAGCAGCAGCUGCAGCUGCAGGAGGCUCAGGCUGCUGCACAGCAGGCCAGCGUGGACACAAACUUGCCCACUGAAGGUCUCGCCCCUGCUGACAGCCUCAACGACCCUUCUGUCGAGAGCAACGGACACAAUGAGAUGGCUGCCGCAGUCACCAGUGCUGUGGCGUCACUGCUGCCACGCACCACUGCUGAGACACUCGCUCCAUCAAGCACAUUUGCACCCUCUGUAUCAGUGGCAAGUCCAGCCAAGCUGCAAGCAGCAGCCGCACUAGCAGAGGUCGCCAAUGGGAUUGAGGGAGAGAAGCAAGCCCCUCAGCCAACCCCCGUGAAGCCUGUUGUAAAAAAAGAGAACCAGUGGUUUGAUGUUGGAAUUGUUAAAGUGACAAAUAUGGUUGUCACACACUUCUAUGUGCCAGGAGAUGAUUCUCAAGGAGAUGAUGACUCUGGCAUCAUGCCAGACUACAGCCAGAUGAAGAAAAUGGAGCUGCAGCCUGGAACAGCUUACAAGUUCCGUGUUGCAGGAAUCAACGCUUGUGGUCGCGGAGCUUUCUCCGAGAUUUCUGCUUUCAAAACUUGCCUACCAGGCUUCCCAGGGGCACCCUGCGCCAUCAAAAUCAGCAAGAGCCCAGAUGGUGCCCAUCUGACCUGGGAGCCACCCUCAGUGACGUCGGGGAAGAUAAUCGAAUACUCUGUGUACCUGGCUAUCCAGAGCAACCAGACAGCUGAAGCCAAGGCCUCCACCCCGGCACAACUAGCCUUCAUGCGUGUGUACUGUGGACCCAACCCCUCUUGCUUGGUGCAGUCGUCCAGCCUCUCCAACGCCCACAUUGACUACACCACCAAGCCAGCCAUCAUCUUCCGCAUCGCCGCCCGCAAUGAGAAGGGCUACGGUCCCGCCACCCAAGUUCGAUGGCUUCAAGAAUCCGGCAAAGAUGCUGCCUCUGCAAAACCGGCCCCCAAAAGACCAGGCACCUCUCCUGAUACUAAGGCUACUGGUCCAAAGAAAGCAAGGACGGACCAGUGAGGUUGCCCAGAGAUCCCUCCCAGUCUUUUGUCCUUUUUCCACUCGCUGUCCUUUUAUCAGGAAGACUGACCUUCACCCCUCCUUCACCUCCUCAUCCUCAUCCUAAUGUCAUCCUCCACCCUCAAGUCUCAGAUCAAGACAGCAUUGGAGGCAGAACAACCGUAUGAAGCUGAGAUGAAAGUCAAUCUGAGAGAUGUUUCUGUAGAUAAAAACCCUCCUUCCUCCUCGUUCUGUUGGUUGUACUAUUUUUAGAGCAACACAAACUUAGAAGCACAUUAUCUUUUUCAGUCACAUCCCCUUCCAUCGUUUAACAUCUAUUUUUGGCUUGUUUCAGUAGUUGAGCAGUAUAGAGAAGCAUUUACAUCUUUCACAAACUGGGAGCCAGCCUGAGCGCAAUGUUACCUUUUUUCUUUUUCUUUUUUUUUGUCUCUGUUUUGUGAAUCCUGGGGGGAUGUAGAGAGAGACUACACGAAAUGAUGUACAGUGUUGAAAAAGGCUGUGGAGGCAUUAGCUUAGAUGAGAGGAAACAUCGGUAUGGAUACAAAUAAAGCACUUGUCCUCAGCGACAGAGGACAUAAUUUUUUUUUUUCCUUUCCUUUUUGCUCAAAUUUGCUUCAUCGAGAACCAAGUCUGUAGUCAUCGUACUGGACUCCAGUCUCCUGGUAAUGUCAUCACUGUGUGCUUUUUACCCCAAGAUGAGGACUGGUUGCCGACACUUCAAAGUGGACAAAAAGAGAAAAAAAAGACGACGAAGAGAUUUGUAGAGAAUGAAUGACAGACUUUGCUAGGACUGAGACUUGCAGCACACAAAAAAAAAAUCUUGCAAAAUCUUCCCAAAAAAUUAGCAAGCAAUGACGCAGAAGAUCUUUUGUGUAGUUUAUUUUUGUAUUUUUUAAGCUUUUUUUUCUCCUGUGUGUAUGUGUAUGUUGUGUGCAUUUUUAAAAACAUCACUUUUUUUAACUGUUGUUCAUCCCCAUAGUUUGUGUUGGUGGGAAGACCGGUGGCUGUGUUGAGGUUGCCACUAUAUUUUUAAAAAUCUUCAUUCAGUUGGUUGUAUGUUCUUGUUGUUAACAGGUGGUUAUGAACGAGAGAAAGACUUUUGUAUUUGUUCCAAGUAGAACCCGCAGAGGUUAUAGGACUGAAGGGAACUUUGAAGUGGACCCAGGGAGAGGAGAGUUUUUACUUUGUUUACUACUCAAUGCUUGUGUUGCUUUGUUUGCCAAACAUGGAAUUUCACGGGGUAUGAGGAAAACAACAUCAGAUCUUUUCAUACCUUUUCCCCUGAUAUCCCGAUCAGUUGUCCUACGCUUUUUAUGCUCAUGAAUGUGGUGUCUAACCUCUUCUUUAAUUUUUAGAAUGGCAAAUUAUAUUAGUAGACAUAUUUUCCCUAUCCUAUUGAUGUAUGUGAAUCCAUUUAAUAAAUUUUAAUUUUUUUUUUCCUUCCACGGCUCUGUAUUUCAGACUACAGAUGGUGUGCAAGCUAACUGUGAUGUGUAAACCCGUAUGUCUUUGAAUGGGGAUGUCUUGGGAAGAAAGCUUACAUAGCCGGAGUGUACUCACUUGUAAAUUAGUUCGUUCAUAGAGCAAGAAUAAAACAAACAAAAAAAAACAUCUUGGCCUUUUAUAUAAUUACCUGUAACAAACUGUUUUUACAUGUUGGUCAUCUCUUGAUUGCCUUUUGUGUCUUUACUUAUAAAAGAAACAAAUAUAUAUAUAUAAAUAUAUAUAGUCUCCCUGAUUGUUCUAAUUUGCUUCUGUCAAGCUGAUUCACUGUAGGAGUCUGAAUCACUGCUAGGUUCAUUACAAUACAAGGAUUUGUACAGGGAGGAGGUUUCUGACCGGACAUGAGUGUAUAUCUACUUUGUAAGGGCGGAUUCAGUUGUGAUGGUAACGGCCAGGAAGAUCAGAGCCAAGGUGUUCGCUUGCCGCCUUUUCUCCGGCUGGCGCCUUGGCUUCCGUUUGUGGUUUCUCCCGAUUUCUUUCUAGAAAUGAACUUUCUCUUCAUAUGCAUUCAUAAUUUUUGUGUGUGUCAGUGUGUCUGUUGAACAAAACUAGACAUGCAUGCAAAAGCAGUGUAUUUUAGUAGUGAUGCCUUAAGUUAGACCAUAAGCUGAAGGUUCUCAAAAAAAGAAAAAAACAUUUAAUGAGUUUGUUCCUCUCUCCAUGUGGUAUACAAUUGUGUCCUUUCCUUCCACAGUACCUUUGCUGGGUCACUAUUUUUGCACCCUCGUUAGAUAGGUCAUCAUCAGCAGUGUCGAGGUCUCUCUGAACUUUUCCCUCCCACACUGGGACGAGUGCUGCUCUCAGCACUCACAGGUGUUGCGAGUUUCUCUCGGCUGUUUGCAGGUUAUCUGGAAAUGUCCUGUAUUUUCCAAUGUGUGUUUUUUGUACUGUAGGGAGUAAUGUAUCUUUUAUCAUCAAAAAAUAAACAUGUUAAACAUA